AUUCGAUAUAUCCUAAGACGUUCAAGUUAGGCCCGUCACUGUGCCCUCUGAUACAAGCGAGCAUGACUCUAGCAAUCAGCGAGAUGCGCCACUUCACUAUGAACCCAAUCGAUAGCAACUUCUGAAGACGGGCCAGUCGGCCUCAAAGACUGGGAUUAAAGAUGGGCAUGAAUGGAGUGCCUCUGAACACAGCUGCCCCAGGCCGACUACCCAACUCCUGUAGAGGAAAUGGGAAUUCUAGAAGAGACAUCCCACUGGAUCUCGUUGCCGUACGCAUAGAUCCAUAUUGCCACCCGAGUGCAUGCCGUUCAGACUUCCUGACCUGAUCGUCACAUCCUUCAGUCGACAGCUGGCUUGUUCUGAUACCUACCCUAGCGCCGCUCGGGAUAAGCGGCACACGUCAAAGAUUGGCCAAACCCUGUUGAGGGU